AUGGAUUAUAUGAUUGCAUCAGAAGCUCAAUGGUGGAAGAAUUAUGGGCAUGCAACUCCCAACAUACAAAAGCUAGCAAUCAAGAUUUUAAGCUUGACAUGUAGUUCACCGGGAUGCGAGUGCAAUUGGAGUGUUUUUGAGCAAAUUCAUUCAAAGAAAAGGAAUAGACUGGACCACAAAAGGUUGCAUGAUUUGGUUUACAUAAAGUAUAAUCAACAACUUGCUCGAAGAUACAAUAUUAGGGAUGAAAUAAACCCUAUUCUAUUGAAUGACAUUGAUGAAUGUAAUGAGUGGUUAGUGGGAGAAGUUGAUGAUGAUAACGAUAAUGAAGAGGAAGGUGCAAUUUCAACUCCAACUCCAACUCCAACACAACCUAAGAAGGGUAAAGAGAGGACUCAAAUUCAAGUUCAAAAUGAAUUGCAUGAUAGCUCUGAUUUUGAAUUUGAAAGAUUACUUAACUUUGACAAGAGUCUCUCAGAAGGGGAAGAGGAGGAGGGAUAUGCCCCAUUGGAUGAUGACAUUGAAGACAAUUAUGUUGGAGUUGAAGAAGAAUAUGAUGAUUAG